CCGCCCCGCCCCGAGGGGGGCGGCCCCGGUACGGCGGCCGGGAGGGAUCGGGAGCCACCGGCACCGGGCGGAGCCAUGGAGGUGCAGUCCUACUACACCAAACUGCUGGGGGAGCUGAACGAGCAGCGCAAGCGGGACUUCUUCUGCGACUGCAGCAUCAUCGUGGAGGGCCGGAUCUUCAAGGCGCACAAGAACAUCCUGUUCGCCAACAGCGGCUACUUCCGAGCGCUGCUCAUCCACUACAUCCAGGACAGCGGCCGCCACAGCACCGCCUCCCUCGACAUCGUCACCUCCGACGCCUUCUCCGUCAUCCUGGACUUCCUCUACUCCGGGAAGCUCGACCUGCGCGGCGAGAACGUGAUCGAGGUGAUGUCGGCCGCCAGCUACCUGCAGAUGACCGACGUGGUCAACUUCUGCAAGGCCUACAUCAGGUCCUCCCUGGACAUCUGCAGGAAGAUGGAGCGGGAGGCGGCUCUCUACCAGGCGGACAGCGGGAGCUCGGCCAGGGAGGGCCCGUCCCUCGGGCCCAGGGGUCAGUGCCCGGCCCCUGGCUCGUCCCUGCAGGACGAGGAAGGGCUUUCGGGCUGCCAGCGGGACCCCCCGUGUGGGGACUGCAGCGGCUGCCACCCCCUGGAGCUGGUGGUGCGGGACCCCCGGGACGGGGUGAACUCCUCGCUGCCCGGGGGGGUGGAACCCAAGGUGGAGUUGGAGCCCGAUGAAGGGGAGGUGGAGGAGGGCGAGAGGCUGCCCCCGUGUCCCGCCCCGCUGUCCCUGGAGCACGGGGAGGAGGGGCAGCCCGUGGACCUGGCCUGCAACAGCUACCACAUGAAGCAGUUCCUGGAGGCCCUGCUGCGCAACAGCUCGGCCCAGAGGAAGGAGGACGUGGUGGUGCAGCACUUUGUGAGGGGGUUGGAGGGCAGGACGGAGGACGCAGGGGUGGCCGUGAGCUCCAUGGUGGACAUUCACAGCGACUGGUAUGGUGAGGACGCAGGUGACGUGCUGGUCGUGCCAAUCAAGCUGCACAAGUGCCCCUUCUGCCCCUACACGGCCAAGCAGAAGGGCAUCCUGAAGAGGCACAUCCGCUCCCACACCGGGGAGAGGCCCUACCCCUGCGAGACCUGUGGGAAGCGCUUCACCCGCCAGGAGCACCUGAGGAGCCACGCCCUGAGCGUUCACCGCUCCAACAAGCCCAUCAUCUGCAAGGGCUGCAGGAGGACCUUCACCAACAGCCUGUCCCCGGGGCUGCGGCGCUUCGGGCUCUGCGACAGCUGCACCUGCGUCACCACCACCCACGAGGACCCCGCGCCCAUCAACCUCAGCCUGGUGGAGGCGGCCUCGGAGGGCCAGGACAAAGGGGAUGCCGACAGUGACUGGCCCAUCUACGUGGAGUCUGGCGAGGAGAACGAUGAGGAGGAGGGCGAUGACAAGCAGGAAAUCCACAGGAGUUUGUCGGACAGGGAGUCGCUGAUGUAGCAGCGGGAGGGGGAGAGGGGGCAC